UUUUCGAAAAAUUAGGCUCGCGCCCAACAGAUGUUCUUGAUGUUGUCAGGCUGUACAUAUACAAGUAGUAUGGGCUUUGUGGCUGGUCAUGCCGCGCAGAGCGAAGAAAAUGACUCUAGCGAGCUCUCGGUGUACUGUGAUUUCGAUUCCGAAGGAGACCAUGAGAAUGCAGAUAACACAACAAAGGAGCACGGCGACGGGCUGCCAUUGUCGGAAAUAAGGAUACAUGGGCUGAGCCCCACCAUUCACGCGAAGUCGCUGGUGAGCAACUGGGAGUUGAUAUCCAAGAAGAAGUUGCAGGAGAGUCUGGAGCAUAACUUGCUUGGUGUUGAUGCGAAGUGGAUGCUGUUUGUGACGGCGAUUAUGAGCUACCGCUACCGAAAAACAGUGAUACCAUAUCCACUGAGCUCUCUGAAGCCCGAAUCUGAGAGCAUUGUGGCCCUAAGCUUGUUUGUGUCCACUAUGCCCGCAAUGCUGACAUUGAAGCGCGAGCUGGAGGCGGCCUGUUUUAACUCGCAACCCCCUGAACAUAUUGCUUUGCUUUAUUGGCUGCUGUUUGAAAGCGGCACGCCGAGUCUAAGGAGAUUGCCUAAUGACGAGGAGGUCCUUUUGUGGUCGUUGCUCGGUCAGAAGCCUAGCGUACCGCCAGACCUAUUGUUCGGCGUUCAGCUCCCCGACGAAAACAGGCAACAAAUUAGCUUUGAUUGUAGCUGUGAUCACAUUUCCUGGGGCUUCUGCAGCGGCCACAUGGAUGGCAUGUACGCGCUGCUCUCCUCAUCGACCUGUCCGCAGAAGCACCAGCCUCUGCUCCCAAGUCUGGAAGAGGCUCUGGCACAGGCACGACUGUGCACUGGGUGGAGUCAAUCGCUUUGUGGGUCACUGCUUCGCUGUGUGGCGGUCUGCGAGUUGCUCCCCAGAGGUGCGUGCGUACGUUUCCUGCUCAUGUACGGCCAGAGUGUGGGCGGGCUGCAGCAGCAAGCCAAACAACCUGAGCGUCCACAACACCUCCACGGUAAGCUGAGAGGGCGACGGGCAGUGAGUUGGCUCAACUAUAAGCGGACAAAUUUCGCAGCCGUGCUCUUUGGCUUUGCAGCUGUCUCGGUGAUGGUGAUCUACAUCAGAGACUGGGGAGAGCUUCUUCUUGGACCCAUGGAAAGAGUUACUGAACUUAUCGAACGCUGGCUCUAAUCUGCAUGAACCCGAGCUGGGCGCUUAUGCCCACGUGUCUCCUAAUUUACCGAAAUGAAACCAAAUUCCAGCGGUAGGCGAACGCGUAAAUUGUUUGAAAAUUUUCUAUUUGUAAUCCAUACAAGUAAAUUAGCAAGCCUGGGCUUGUCUUCGAGAACCUUU